AUGAGCAAGUCAUGGAAAUAUUUUUUGUUUUUACUGUGGCUCUCGUAUCUUUUUAUUUGCGGCAUACUUUUAUUUACAAGGGGAUUUCUUUUAAAUCGGCAAACCUUGCUUCAAAAAUCAACAUGUAUUGAAAAUUUAGAUUGUAGUAGAUUUCAAAAGUUAUCAAGGGAAGCUCCUUCUCUUGAAAACACUCAGCUGUAUUUAGAAUGUAUGGAUAAAAAUCAGCUAAAAUUACGAGAAAACACAAAAAAACAAUGUACAGAAUCCAGUAAAAAAGUUGUUCUUCUCAUCAUAGAUGCUUUAAGAUAUGACUUUGCUCAAUAUAAUAGUUCUAUAAAUAAUGAUAAUUUACUACCUUUUCAAAACCGUUUAACAAUUAUCAAUGAGUUACUAACCACUUUGCCAAACAAUUCACUUUUGUAUAAAUUCAUUGCAAAUCCACCUACAACGACCAUGCAACGAUUGAAGGGUCUCACCACAGGAAGCCUUCCAACAUUUAUAGAUAUAGGUUCAAAUUUUGCGACUCCGGAAAUUAAUGAAGACAAUAUAAUAGAUCAACUUUUAGACCAGAACAAAAAUGUGAUUUUUAUGGGUGAUGAUACAUGGACUUCUCUUUAUCCUGGAAGAUUUAAAAGGCAAUAUCCCUAUCCAUCUUUUAAUGUUUGGGACUUGGAUACAGUAGAUACUGGAAUUAUGAAUCAUUUAAAACCUGAACUACAAGAAAAGGACUGGAGUUUACUUAUCGCUCAUUUCUUAGGAGUUGACCAUUGUGGGCACAAAUACGGACCCUACCACUCAGAAAUGACUAGAAAAUUAAAGCAAAUGAAUGAAGUAAUUAAAAGUGUUGUUGACACCAUAGAUGAAAAUACAAUAUUAUUUGUUAUUGGUGAUCAUGGAAUGACUUCCAGUGGAGAUCAUGGAGGAGAGAGUAGUGACGAAGUUACAUCUGCUUUGUUUGUUUAUUCACCAUUGCCUUUUCUUUCAAAAAAUCAUGAACUAGAAACAGAAUCAGUUUAUCAAGUUGAUCUUGUUCCAACUCUAGCUGCAACUCUAGGUUUUGCUAUGCCUUUUUCUAAUUUAGGAAAAGUAAUUUUAUCAGCUUUACCCAGUGAUUUUCAAUUAAGUGAACAGUCAUCCGAAUCAGAAAUCCAAUAUGCUCUGAAUAUUUUAUCCAUAAACAUUGAACAAAUUAUGCUUUAUGUUAAUACUUAUUCUACUCAAAUACAUCCUUUUUCUAAAGGAAAAAUUUCAAAUUUACUAGAAAAAUUUCAUUCAUUAAAAUCAAAACUAAGCACAGUAAACAAUUAUAAAAGUUUUAAAGUUUAUCAUAAAUCAGUCAUAGAAUUUCUUAAUUUUGUAAGAGAAUUAUGUGAGGAAGUGUGGGUGCAAUUUGAUUCCUUUUCCAUGUCUAGAGGACUUGUUUUAACAUUUUUACUGGUAGCAUUCACAUUUUUUAUUGUUGAAGGAAUUCCUUGCACUCACUUUAAUGCUGUACUUGAUGGAUAUUUUUUAUGGUUUGCCUACGGCUCAGCAUUUUCAUGUGUAAUAAUGAGUACAGUUUUACAAUAUUUUAAAACAGUAGAUGAUAUGUUUCUAUUGACUUAUGUUUCUACUUUAAGUAUAUCAAUGUUAAUAAUGGCUGUUGUGGUGGUACAAAAUUGGGAUGAAAUCACAAUGCUGUGGUUUAAUACCUACAGAAAUCGGGAUUGGUUGAACAUUUUCACUAGAUUUAUACAUCUUUGUUCGUUACUUUUAAUGUUUUCAAACAGUUUUGUUGUAGAAGAAGGAACUGUUUUGUUGUUCAUGCUAAACACAGUAGUUUGGCUUAUUGUUUUUAACAUAAGUGUGCAAGCCACUGAAAAUGCUAAAAACAAAACUGAAAAAAAUUACUGGUUUUCAAAAAUUAUAAAUCAUCCAAAAUUCAAACCAUUAAUUUUAAUUUUAAUUUUUACUCUUUUGCUGAAAGUGUCACAAAGUUAUUGGAGAUGUCGAGAAGAACAGAAAUGGUGUAUUGUAGCCACAGAUAGUAUUAGAUCAGCAUUUAAAUCGGGAAAUGGAAAUUUUGGUGCUCUUACAACAUUAAUCGUCUUGGCACUUUUUGUUUCAAUAAUUCGAAUUUGGCUGAGGAGUUGUGGAAACUUAGUUGGAUUUUCAAUCACAAUUAUUUUGGUUCGAUAUGCUCCUAGUGUUAUUGUAGUUUGUUUAGGCGGUUUCUGGGUGUUGCUGGGAUUGCCAAAAGAGGCUAGAAGCAAAAUUAUUGUUCCUUGGCAACUUCAAAUAUUACCAUGGACGGUAUUCGCUCUUAUAGGGAUAACUAUUUUCUUCUUGUUCCUGCAACCAAUAUGUGUGUAUGUCUUAGAAAACAAAUCAGAUGUAUUAUCUGUUUAUGGGAAUGAAAAUAUUAUACCACAAAUUUUUCAUCAGGUAAAAAAAGUUUUUCAUAAUUCAGACGAUUCUGAAGGUAGUAGUACUACUAAAAAUAAAACGACAUUAGUAUAUGGCUUGGCGACAGCUUACAGCUCUGUGUUUGUGGUAUUAGGAGAAUUUAUAUCAUUAUUUAUCAUGCUACUAUUAGGAGAUACUUUAGCAUGUUCAGUGGUUUUAAUGUUUGCUGUCAUAGGAGUAUUACUUACAAUUUUAGCAUAUUCUCGUCUUGAGGGUGCUUUAAUUUCAAAUCAAUUGUUUCAUGUACCUUGGUCUUACGUAUUAAGUUGGGGAUUAAUGUCAUCUUAUUUUUUUUAUGGAACCGGUCAUCAACCAACAUUUUCUGGUAUAUAUUGGAAUGCAGCUUUCAUUGGUACGAAUGGUCAGUUUUCAUCUAAUAUUAUACCUGGACUAUUAGUUGGUGUUAAUACAUUUAGUUCAUAUAUUAUCAGUGGUCUAUUACUUCCAUCGAUAUUGAUAGCACCUUUUACUUUAUCUGUAAUGUUACCAAAAUGGUACAGGUCAUCGAUGCGUUUUUUAGGUAAAGAUAUUAGAAAAAGAGGAAAAAUGGAAUUCAUUGAAGGAGACAUUUGUUUACACGACAGAAAAGAUUUGACUCAGUAUGCACUAUUAAAACUUUCAACCAAGUAUAUAUUAUUUCACGGAACACGAAUUUUUUCAUGCAUGUUAGCAGCAGCAGUUCAUUGCAGGCACUUGAUGGUAUGGAUGGUUUUUACACCAAAAUUUAUUUUCGAGGGAAUUAGUUUCAUUGUGUCAUUAGCUUCUGUACUUUUAGGAUAUUUAUUUUUUAUUAGAAUAUCAUCAAAAUUAGAUCAUCUCGUUAAUUCAUUGUUAAAAAAAUAUGAAAAUUAA